UGGGAACGCCAUCAUGAUUCCACAAGUAGUGACCAAUGAGACCAUCACAGUGAUUUCGCCAAAUAGAAUCAACUUUCCCCAAACAGAGGAACCCCAGUCUACCCACCAGAGGCAAGACAGCCUGAAGAAACUUCUAAAGGCAGAGAUCAAAGUGAUGGCGGCAAUCCAGAUCAUGUGUGCUGUGAUGGUGUUGGCUCUGGGAAUCAUUUUGGCAUCUGGUUCCUCUGUCCCACUUUUUACGUCAGUGUUUUCUGUCCUGUUAAAAUCUGGAUACCCAUUUGUAGGACCUUUGUUUUUUAUUGUUUCUGGAAUUCUGUCCAUCAUCACAGAGACAAAGUCAACAAAAUCUUUGGUAGAUGGCAGCCUGACUCUGAAUCUCCUGAGUGUUUCAUUUGCUUUCAUGGGCAUCAUUAUCAUCUCUGCCAGCCUGGCUGGUUUGCAUCCUGCCUCAGACCAGUGCAAGCUGAGCAAGGAACGUAUACGAAAUGAACAUGAUUACUACGAACUUUCCUAUGACUCAGACAAGAAAAAGUGCUCCACUGACAAAUCUAUUCUGACUGGGGUCUUUUCACUGAUGCUGAUCAGUACUGUAUUGGAGCUUGGCCUGGCGGUCCUCAGUGCUCUGCUUUGGUGGAAACAGAGUCGCUCUGACUCCCCUGGGAAUGUGAUUUUCCUGUCUCAUAACUCAAAUGAUGAAUCCAAUGUGGAAUCAAAGGCACUCUGUAACUCUGCAUAUGAGGAACAAAUGGUUUGUUAAGAAAAA